AUGGAGCCCAACCCUCAAUUUACAUCAUAUCCUUCAACGAUACGUUAUUGGUUUGCAACAUACUCAGAAGCUCGAGCAAGAUUAGAACGAGCAACAAUGCAUACGGAUAUUGAGUCUGCGGAUGACAAAACAAGCAGGGCAAAACGCAAAAAAAAACAGAUUGAAGAUGUGUCAAAUGAAAAUUCAAAUGACUAUACAGAUGAAGAAUUGGACAAGUAUUCAAAACAAAAAAGCAAGAAGGGCAAAAGUGGUAUUAGUAAUGUCAAAAAGCGCAAAAUCCGACCGCCUCAGUUCCCCACCUUUGGUUCUUUGCCGGAUGUCGAUGUAAAUAAGACAACCCAAAAUGUUGAAGUGUCUUCUGAAAGAAUAUUGAAAGGUGAAAUCUUUCGAGGCAAUAAAAAUUUAUCAUAUAAGAAAACUGAAGAGACCUCCACAAAAAGACAAAUAUCAAACAAGCCGGGUCAAAUUGUUCAGAAUAAACGUGGAAAAGAAAAUAUUGCUCUGAAUGAUCAACACGAUCAAUCUGGUAUUGUUGAGAAUAAACGUGGAAAAGAAAAUAUUGUUCUGAAUGAUCAACACGACCAAUCUGGUAUUUAA